AUGUGCAGGACACGCCCGGAGCCUCUUAAGGGGGGCCCUGGCACUCGCCAACUUUCUAAGGGAUGUGCAGGACACGCCCGGAGUACCUCAAGGGGGACCCUGGCACUCGCCAACUUCCUAAGGGAAAAACAUCAUACGGGAUGUGCAGAAUACGCUCGGAAUCCACCAAGGGGAACCCUGUCACUCAUAAAUCUCAAAGAAGAAGUGCAAUUAAGACAGAAGCUGAUUACUUAA